UGGGGGAACACAGAAGUGAGGGCUUCGGGAGUGCCUCCUGCUUGCGCCCGUAGCGGCUGUUGGACUUGUUGCUAUAGCUCUCGCCUCCGAGCUACCCUCUCCCCCUUUUCUCUGGUCUCUCGUUGGUUUCGUCCCGUGCGGGCUAUAGCGACGGUGGUGCGCUGAAGGAAGAUGGCGGUUUUGGCCUUUGCAUUGCUGCCGGUUCUGUGAGGGCUGCGCUCACACCUUUCCCUCUUCUCCUCCUAGCUGUCGCACCCCGUCCCUCCCGGCUGCCCUCCGCCUCUUCUCCUUCCCCGUCGGGGACGUAGGGAUCAUGUCGGAGUCGGAGGAGGAGGAGAGCCCAGACCACCAGCUCAAGCUAGUGGUGCUGGGGGACGGCACCACUGGCAAGACAUCCUUAGCUACACGUUUUGCUCAAGAAACAUUUGGAAAACAGUACAAACAAACUAUAGGAUUGGACUUCUUCUUGAAGAGGAUAAUAUUGCCAGGAAAUUUGAAUGUUACUCUUCAAGUGUGGGAUGUAGGGGGACAAACAAUAGGAGGCAAAAUGCUGGACAAAUAUAUUUAUGGAGCUCAGGCUGUUCUCUUGGUUUAUGAUAUUACCAAUGGCCAGAGUUUUGAAAAUUUAGAAGACUGGUAUAAUGCAGUAAAAAAAGUGAAUGAAGAAUCGGAAACACGGCCACUUGUGGCCUUGGUUGGAAAUAAAAUUGACUUGGAGCAUAUGCGCGCGGUGAAAGUUGACAAGCACCAGCGAUUUUGUCAGGAAAACAAUUUCAGUAGCCAUUUCGUGUCAGCCAAGACAGGAGAUUCUGUCUUCUUGUGUUUUCAGAGAAUUGCUGCUGACAUACUUGGCAUCAAACUAAACAAAGCAGAAUUGGAGCAAUCACAGCAUGUUGUCAGGGCAGAACUAGUGAAAUAUCCUGAAGAAGAUAGCCAACAUCACAACACUUCCAAAUGCCAGAGCAAAGUCUGCUCAAUGCAGUAGUUCAGAGGGUGGUGAAAGCAGAUAUUGUCAACUACAGUCAGGAGCCUGUGACAAGAACCAUUAAUUCUCCUAGAAGCUCAAUGUGUGCAGUGCAAUGACUGUGCUAUUCUCUGUUUUGAUACGUUCGGCAAUUGUCCUACCUUGACACAGGCUCUGGGAUUACCAGGAACUUUAACAGUGACUGUCACAACAAUGAAGUUAGAGGCUUCACAAAUGUGUUACACCACUGUACGCUGAGAAGCAGCAGGCAGGAAGUUUUUGUACUGGCUGAAAUUCAAACCUGAGACCACACACUUUGAAAGAUUAAGGUCUAUAUUCUUUAAAAUUAUAUUUAAAUAAAACAGUAUAACUGUGUUUAUAUAUUUCUUCUGAUCUAUUUGACUGAUACUGGAAUAAAAAUGGAUGAAGAAGUCCGGCAUUCAAAAUACUUUAAAGACAUCACCAUGGAAGGGUAUUUUGCCAAAGCAUUUUAAAAUUUUUUCCUUUUCUUUCCCCUGUGAUCUGAACUAACAUUCAGUGAAAUGUAACUUGGAAAAGCUAUUGCUGGAAUAAUUUCCAGCACAUAAUGUAUUUUAUGUAGGGGUAAUUUGGGAAGUAUUCCAUUAAUAUAUGUACAUAGUGCAAAAUGUAUAAAUUGUAUCCACUAAGACACAGUGCUUGAAAUAAAUCCAUAAUUAUAAAAACA